GAAAGCAGGGAAACUACAAAUCCCAGCAUGCUUUAUUAAGCGCUUGACUUUCUUCUUUACAAAGGUCUCAAGCUUGUUGCUCCCACCGGGUUCUGGAGAACGCCAUCACCUCGCUGCUUAAAAUUAAACCACAGGUUCCAUUAUGGGUCGACUUGAUGGGAAAGUCAUCAUCCUGACAGCCGCUGCUCAGGGGAUUGGCCAAGCAGCUGCCUUAGCUUUUGCAAGAGAAGGUGCCAAAGUCAUAGCCACAGACAUUAAUGAGUCCAAACUUCAGGAACUGGAAAAGUACCCGGGCAUUCAAACUCGUGUCCUUGAUGUCACAAAAAAGAAACAAAUUGAUCAGUUUGCCAAUGAAGUUGAGAGAGUUGAUGUUCUCUUUAAUGUUGCUGGUUUUGUCCAUCAUGGAACAGUCCUGGAUUGUGAGGAGAAAGACUGGGACUUCUCGAUGAAUCUCAAUGUGCGCAGCAUGUACCUGAUGAUCAAGGCAUUCCUUCCUAAAAUGCUUGCUCAGAAAUCUGGCAAUAUUAUCAACAUGUCUUCUGUGGCUUCCAGCAUCAAAGGAGUUGUGAACAGAUGUGUGUACAGCACAACCAAGGCAGCUGUGAUUGGCCUCACAAAAUCUGUGGCUGCAGAUUUCAUCCAGCAGGGCAUCAGGUGCAACUGUGUGUGCCCAGGUGAGUAAGGCACUGCAGGGCUAUGAACUUGGCCUUCUGACACUGAGGCUAUUGAGGUAAGGCCUUCUACAGAGAAUGCACGGAAUGAUUUCCUGAAGAGACAAAAGACGGGAAGAUUUGCAACUGCAGAAGAAAUAGCCAUGCUCUGCGUGUAUUUGGCUUCUGAUGAAUCUGCUUAUGUAACUGGUAACCCUGUCAUCAUUGAUGGAGGCUGGAGCUUGUGAUUUUAGGAUCUCCAUGGUGGGAAGGAAGGCAGGCCCUUCCUAUCCACAGUGAACCUGGUUAUGAAGAAAACUCACCAAUCAUCUCUUUCCUGUUAAUCAUAUGUUAAUGAAAAUCAGCCCUUUUUAAUGAUGUCACUGUUUGCAAGAGUCUGAUUCUUUAGGUAUAUUAAUCUCUUUGUAAUAUCUUCUGAAAUCAUUGUAAAGAAAUAAAAAUAUUGAACUCAUAGCAAGAGAAUAGUUUUUAAAAUAAAUCUCGAUUUGUAAGCAUCUGUCUUAGUCACUUUGGGCUGCUAUAACAAAUUACCAUAGACUGAGUGUCAUACACAACAAACAUUUGUUUUUCAGUCCGGAGGGUGCCAGCACAUAUGGUAUCUGGUUAGGGCCCACUUCCUGGUUUGCAGAUGGUCAUCUUCUUGCUAUAGCCUCACAUAGCAAGAGCAGAGAAAAAAAGCAAGCUCUUGUCUUUUUAUAAGGAUACUAAUCCUGUUCAUGAGGGUGCUACCCUUGUGACCUGAUUACCUCCCAAAGGCCCUACCUCCUAAUGUAUCAUAUUGGGGGUUAGGAUUUCAACACUUGACUUUCGGGUGAUACAAAUAGCCCAUUGCAGCAUAUACAAUUAAAAUGUAAAUAUGAAGAAAAAAAGGAAGCUUAUGGGUUUUUUUGGGGGGGGGUGUUAAGGAAGACGAUAGUAAUUUCAGGACUAGGCAUGGUAGCUCAUGCCUAUAAUUCCUGCAAUUUAGGAGGCCAGGGCAGGAGGAUCACUUGCUGCCAGAAGUCCAAGACCAGCCUGGUUAACAUAGGGAGGCUAAGGCAGGAGGAUUGCUUGAGCCCAAGAAUUUGAGGCUGUAGUGAGCUGUAAUCAUUCCACUGCACUCCAGGGUGACAGAGCAAGACCCUGUACCUGAAUAAUAAUAAUUUCCACUUUAUUUUUCAAUAUUCAAAUAUUUUUAUGUAAUUCUGCAUUGUUCUGUAUGUAGAUCCUAAUUUAAAAAUUUUACACCAUCAUAAAUGAACAACGGUAGGAAGGAGUUUGGCUUCAAUAACUUACAGUAAAAGGAGUAAAAGAGUUCAGCCUCAAAACUAUAUUGUUGAUCUGUUAUGAAAAAUAAUCCAGUGUUUAUACUUAACAGAUGCCAUCCCUUAUUAAUUAAAUACUAUUUUCUUAGUCUAAACAAUCUUUAUUAAAAUAAGCAAUGAUAACUUGACAUGGGCCUAAGAAAUAUAUAGUUAGCUAACUGACAAUAUUUUCAGUUAGAGGGAUUUCUUUUUUAAAUUAAGUACAGAUUUCUUUACCAAACUCCAGGAUAACAGACAAGAAGACAUAAAAUUUGGGCAUAGUCUCUGGAUAAAUAAAUGUAAAUUUAAAUACAAAUCAUAUAACAGGAAACAAAUGAAAUUAAAGAAAAUAAAUUUUUCAAGAAAAUAAGUAAAUUUAUGGAUGAUAAUUCUAUAACAUUGUCAGUGCAAAGUUUUUUCUUUUUAUUUUAAGGGUUUUAUGUUUGUUUUUUACUUGUUGCAACCUCAAAGGACCAAAUGGUAUGAUACACACUGAGAUAAUAAAUGUGCAGUUAUUCUUA